AUGGCGAAAAAGCUAUGGACCAUGCUGGAAAACAACCCCCAUGUCAUGAACCAUCUCGCGAAAGACCUCGGUCUCGACACAUCCGUCUUCUCUUUCCACGAUGUCUACUCUCUCACUGACCCGGACAUGCUGGCUGUCAUUCCUAGGCCGGUCGUAGCACUGCUCGUCAUCAUACCACUCACCCCAACAUGGCACGAGGCGCGCACAGCAGAAGACAAGGACAAGUCCGAGUAUGCAGGCAAGGGUGAAACAGAGCCCGUCAUCUGGUUCAAGCAGACAAUCGGCAACGCUUGUGGAAGCAUAGGCUUAGUCCACUGUCUCCUCAACACCCCAGCAUCAGACCACAUCCAGCCUUCUUCCCCUCUUGACCAGAUUCGUGCGGAUGCGCUGCCAAAACCCAUCUGGGAACGAGCCAAAGUACUCGAGGAUUCGGAUGCCUUCGAAAAGGCCCAUGCCGAUGCAGCAAAGCUUGGCGAUACUGCCUCACCUACUCCCACUUCAGAUGAACAUAGUGGACAGCAUUUUGUCGCGUUUGUCAAGGCCAAGGAUGGGCAUUUGUGGGAGCUUGAAGGGGAUCGCAAGGGUCCGCUUGAUCGGGGGCUACUGGGCGAUGACGAAGAUGUGCUUAGUUCUGGUGCGCUGGAGAAAGGGAUUGGAAGGCUGAUGAGGAUUGAAAGUGAAAAGGGUGGUGAUCUAAGGUUCUCCGUGAUCGCCCUUGCCCCAAGUUUCACAUAG